UUAGAUCGUCAGUUGUCGACGUACAGUGAGUAAGCGUACACAAGUUAAAAACGAAAUAAUCUGUGGAUCGUUAAAAAAAUAAAGAAAUAUAACUUAAAAAUUAUUAAGAAGAAAAAAAAAAUCGAGUUUUUGUAGAUUUACUUAUACUUAUUAUUUCAGUAUUAAUAAAUAAUUUUUAACUUGAAAUGUUAAUUUAAAAAAGCUGUGAUUACGUAGUCAAAAGUAAAUAAAAUUUUUGAAAAAAAUACAAGUACAGAAAAUAUAUUAAAAUAAACAAGGUUUUAAAAUAAAAAAAUAAGCAGUUUGAAUUAAAAUUAAAGGAACAGAGAGAAGAAAAAAAAAAACUAAGUUAAAAUGUCAGUGGAACAAAAAUUAACUGAUAAAAAUGUUGAAACUACAAAAACAAAUACAAAUUCGAGUUUAACAAAAACUAAUAAAAAGAAUAAAAACAACAAUAACAACAGCAAUAGUAGUACUAGUAGUAGUAAAAAAUUCAUUAAAAAAGCAUUGAAAACCUCAAAAACUAAAAAAACUACAACUAAUGUCAACAAUAAUAACAACAGCAACAACAACACUAUUAUGAAUAACCAAAACAACAGCAACAACACUAUUAGCAGUAGCAGCAGCAACAACAAUGUUGAAGUGGCAAACGAUGAAAUCAUCGAGGAGUUGUUUGAUUUUAGCGAUACCGAUUUAAAAGAACUUGACGACGAUAUUGAAAACAACGAAGAAAUUUCCAAGAACAACAACUCCAAUGACGAACUUUCAAAUAAAGAUAUUGAUGAAUUAAAGGAAAAAGAUGAAGUUGACAAAGAGUCAACAGAGCAAAUGCAAAAUUCCACAAUAAGUGAUAAUAACAACAAUACUAAUGACAAAGAAGAGACAAACGAAGUAAUACUACAACAAAAAGAACAACAACAGGUGGAAGAAUUAUUAUCUACACCAAUUGAUAACAUUGAUAAACAAAACGAAGAAAACAAACAACCAGAACAACAACAAGAUGAAAACAAUGAAUUAGCCACGACAAUGUCUGCGACUGCAAAUAAUACUAUUAGCGAAAAAGGAAAUAAAGAUAAUAAUGAAAUUGAUAAAAACCAACAACAACUACAGCAAGAACCAGACUCUCCCAUAGAAGAAGCUAUAGAAGCAAAAGAAUCCAAUGAAAAUAUAUUUUUAAAUGACAGCACAACAAUAACUACUCCCGUGCAAAUCUGUGAAAGUUCUAUUGUUGAGGAACAGACAUCACAUAAUAAUAAUAAUAAUGACAAUACGAUAACAACAUCUCCUCCUCCAGACACAAAGUCUAAGCAAACAACUGAAGAUGCAGUCGAGUCAACUGCAAGUGUUGUAACUAAAGAAAGUAGUUAUAAAGAGCAAGACGAUGAUCAUGAUUUAAAUAAUGAAGAAGAUUAUGACAAUGAUGAUGAGUAUGCCGAACCGUAUGAUGAACUAUUGGUACAAUUCCUUGAUGAAGCCAAUCAGAUUGCUGAGGCUAGAUUAGCUGCCAGAAGGCAUGCUCGAGCGGAAGCUCGUGAAAUACGUAUGCGAGAAUUGGAAAGGCAGCAAAAAGAACAAGAAUCUAAUGCAGAUCGUGCAUUCGAUAUGCACUCAACCGUUACCGGCAUUACACCACUGUCACACAUGCGUCUGGGUUUAGGUAGUUCACCAGUUACUGGUCUACUAAAUUCAACAAGAGGAAAUUCAAUGUCAUCGAGACGCAGUAGUGAAGAUUCACUAGAAGAGGAAGGCCGCAGUUUAAGAGACAUACGUCAUGAGUUAAAGGAUGUCGAAGAACGAUUUCGUAAGGCUAUGAUAGCGAAUGCUCAGUUGGAUAACGAUCGUGCCUCACAAACGUAUCAGAUACAGUUGUUGAAAGACAAACUGGAAGAUAUGGAAGAAUCAUAUUCACAAUUACAGCGUGAAUGUAAGGAAAAGACACGCGAUUGUAAUGCCUUGAAACGAUCGUUGGAUAAGCUAAGCGAAGAGCUUAAACUGGUACAGGGUCAGCUCAAUGAGCGUGAUACACUGAUAGCAGAACAAGGCUUAGUUAUUGUGGCUAUAGAAAAUGAAGAUGGCACUGAUGCCAAACGUGCUCUAGUCAGUGUGGAAAAUGCACAAUUAUUGGGUUCGGUACAAGGAUCAUUAGAUGUUCGACUUAAGAAAUUUAGCGAAGAGAAACAGCAGCUACAACACGAAGUCCAGCAGCUGCAGGAACAAUUAGAAACGUAUAAAAGUCAGGGCAAAGGUCGUGGUAAAGGCAAUUCUUCAAAUGGUCCCUUAGGUUCAGACGAUGAUGAUUAUGAAGCUCAAAGAGAAGCUAAUAAAAUCAUAUCGGAUUAUAAAUAUAAAUUACAAAAAGCAGAACAGGAAAUUGCUAGUCUUCAGUCGAGUUUAGCACGUUCCGAGACACAAGUUAUACGUUAUAAAAGUACAGCUGAAGCGGCUGAAAAAGCUGAAGCAGAACUUAAAAUCGAAAGGAGGAAACUGCAAAGAGAGAAUCGUGAGGCAAUGGAAAAACUCGAAGAAUUAGAAACAUCAAAUAAUCAUCUACUGAAACGUUUGGACAAAUUAAAGAAUGCCAAAAGUGCUUUGCUCAAGGAUCUCUGACCAAUAUAUGGAGGAUAUCAGCAACAACAACAGCAGCAGCAUCAGCGUAUGUCUCAAAAUAACACUACUACAACAAAAGCAGCAGUAGCAACAAAAGCAACAACUAAUAAUGUUGAUAGUGAGAAUACAAUGGCAACAAAUAAACAAUAUUCUACAUCACCAAUUCAUCAGCAAAAUCAUAACAAACAGCAGCAACAAACGCCAUAUAAUUACAAAACGAAUGCGACGCGUACUAAUGACAGUGACGCCACCGAUGUUAGUAACAAUGCCGUCAUGGCCCCUUCCUCAUCCUCCUCCGUCGCCACAAAUAAAACGAUGACAACAAACACGUAUACAAAUAGUAGAAGUAAUAGUAGUAGUAAUGGGCAUUGAGUUAGGAAAAACAAAACGAAACAAUUUGAAACAAUUGGGCAUCAAAGUAGAUCAAUCAAGCAAAAAGACGUUUGAAAUUUAGUAAGAAAAAAGAAAAAAAAAACAAAUUAUGGUGUUUACAACAAUUUAAUAAAUGUUGUAAUUAAGAAACACAAGCUUUUACAAAUAUUAUUAUUGAAAAAUGUCAAACAAACAUCUUCCAGAAACAUUAAAAAACACACACACAACAAUUAUAUACAUACAUUUAUAUUAAAAUAGAAAUUUUUUGAGAAAUGAAAGAAGUAACACAAACACUUUAACACACAUUUAUAAUUUAUAAAGAAAACCAUUUAAAUAUAUACAUACAUAUAUACAAUAGAGAUAUGUAUAAUUAGUUAUAUGUAUUUAACCAUAAACAAUUUCACACACACACAUAGAGGUUUCGUAAAAUUUAGGAAAAUAUGGUGGUGAUUUUAGGAUUAUUUGCAGAAUUCGAUGUUUGAAGUAGUAGUUUAAACUUUAAAGGCAUUGCCAAGUUUUGUCUUUCUUUUAAUCUCUAGUAUUUGCUUAAACUUAGUUUAAACUAGAAAUGCAUUUUAAUAUAGAAAAAUUUAUUUUUUCACUUCAUUAUACAGAGUUUAAACAUGACACAUUUAAAACUGCCUGGCAUCUAUGCUGCAUGCUUAGCAUAUUGCAUGAGGGAGGAUUUGCUCUUCCUUAAGGAACUGCCGUAUCAGAUAUUACAUUUAACUUUGAAAGGUUAAUAGUUGAAACCAAGUUUAUAUAAAACAGUUUAUAUAAAACAUUUAAUUAAACUGUAAAAGUUAAGCCUUAAAGUGGAACCUUACUUAAACUAUAGUUUCUGUGUUUUAUUAUACCAUAUUUUUGUCAUUUUAAUAUCAUUCUCUACAAUUUUCUCUAAUUGAAGCAGAAAGUAUAUUUAUUAAAGUCCUCUAAAAAUGGAAUUCUGUCAGUUUAAAAGUAUCCAUCUCAGAUCGCUCAAAAUUCUUAGUUUAAACGAAGCUAAAACUUUAAAUGCUGUCAUUCCAUUAAAAUAUUAUCUUGUUUACAAGGGAUGGUUAACUUAGCAACCGAAAAUCUAUGGUUAAACCAUAUUUUUUUUAAUCUAAUUUAACUAACAGUUAAGUUAGAAGAAUAAAAAUUGAUGAAAUAAAAAUUUAUAAAUUAAUGAUAAAAUUUAGCUUUUUCAAAAAAAUAUAAGGUAUUAAAAUCUAGGUUUAAUAAAGCAGUUGUUUAAGUUAAACAAUGUCUUCAACUAGGUUUAACUAAGAAGUUAAAAACUGACUAUUUAACUAUGUCAGACAUUCGAAAGUUCGAUAAAUGUUUGAAGGUCAUGAGGAUUCCCUAAAAAUAUUUUAGAAAAUUUUAAGUUACGUUCAGAAAACCUUAAAAAUUAAAAAAUUUUUGAAAAUUCGAAAAGAAUUUAGAAUCGUUAAAAGAUUCUUUAUGUCCAGAGGUUUCAUAAAAGUUUAAUUUUAAUUAUAUUUUAUGCCAAUUUCUUAGAUUUUCCCAAUUCGAAAUUAAAAAUUUUGAAAAUAAUUCAUCAAUUUUAUAAAAUUUUUAAUGUAGUUGCAGAAUAUAAACUUUUUAAGGUAUAUUUGAAAAUUCGAACUUAAGUUCGAAAUUCGAAAUUAUGUUCGAAAAAUGUUUAAGGUUUUAAAAUGAAAGAGAAUCAUAAGAAUUCAUAAAAAUAUAAUUUUAAUUUUAUUUUAGGUCAACUUUUCUAACAUUUUCUAACAAUUCGAACUUUAGCUUCAAAACUGUUGAAAAAAUCUCGAUGUAAGGAGAAUUUGGAAAUCGAAAAGAAAUUUUAGUUUUAUUUGAGGUCAAUUGCGAAAAUUUCACCAUAAAAUCUUCAUUAUAUUUUCAAUAUUUUUUUUUGAAAUCUCUAUGUAAAAACAUUAAAAACCAACAAAAACCGCCAGAAUAAACUAACCACAACAUAAUAAAUAUAUAUAUUUUUUCUUUUUGUAAUUAUUAUGCUCUGCACUGCUCUCUCGCUCUCUAACUCUAUAUUUUUCUCUUAUAUAUAACAUUUUUUUAAUAA